CCGUGCAUUUCUUGUACCAAGAUCACCCAUCUGAGUACAUCUCUGGCUGGAAAAUUGCUGGGGUCAUCAGAGCCCGAUUGAAUCACUCAACUCCAAGCAUUAGAUCAUCAUGCUGAGCUGCAGUUGUACCGGACCUGGGAUGGCUCCUGCUGUCAGCUGCUACUUUUUGGUGGUGCUUCUUUCAGCCAGCUGUGAAGUUGUCACCUCCUCAGAUCAGAUGUGCAUCGAGAAAAAAACCAACAAAAUAUAUAACUGCGAAAAUUUGGAUCUCAGUGAAGUUCCUGACACGCUACCAAACACAACAGAAUUUUUGGAAUUCAGCUUUAAUUCCUUGCCCACAAUUCAAAAUACAACCUUCAGGAGACUCAUAAACCUUAUCUUUUUGGAUUUAACCAGGUGCCAAAUUAACUGGAUACAUGAAAAUGCUUUUCAAAGCCAUCCUCAGCUGAGCACACUUGUGUUAACUGGAAACCCCCUGAUAUUUGUGGCAGAAACAGCACUUAGUGGGCCCGAGUCACUGAAGCACCUAUUCUUAACCCAAACAGGACUAUUCAGCCUUGAGUUUAUCCCAGCACACAAUCUCAAAAACUUGGAAAGUUUGUAUCUUGGAGGCAACUAUAUUUCCUCAAUGAAAUUUCCCAAAGACUUCCCAACAAGGAACCUAAAAGUCUUGGAUUUUCAGAAUAAUGCCAUACACUACCUUUCUAGAGAGGAUAUGGACUCUCUGAGAGCAACUACCAACCUGAGCCUUAACUUCAAUGGCAAUGACAUUAAAGGCAUUGAGCCCGGGGCUUUCAAGUCAAUGGUCUUCCAAAGUUUGAAAUUUGGAGGGACUGUUAACUUGUCUGUUAUAUUCAGCGGUCUGCAUAAUUCUACUAUUCAGUCUCUCUGGCUAGGGACAUUUGAGGAUACUGAAGACCAAGAUCUGAGUUCGAGCAUGCUUGAGGGGCUUUGUGAAAUGUCUGUUGAGAGCAUGAACCUGCAGAAACACCAUUUUUCUGAUCUGUCUUCGGCCACGUUUCAGUGUUUCACCCACCUCCAGGAACUGGACUUGACAGCUACCCACUUGCAAAAAUUACCAUCUGGGCUUAAAGAUAUGCACUCCCUGAAGAAAUUAGUUCUCAAUGUAAAUAAGUUUAACCAAUUAUGUCAAAUCAAUGCUGAUAGUUUUCCCUCCCUCACACACCUCUACCUCAAAGGCAAUGUAAUAAAACUCCAACUCGGUGCUGGCUGUUUAGAAAAAUUAGAAAAUCUGCAGACACUUGAUUUAAGCCAUAAUGAUAUUGAGGCUUCUGAUUGCUGCAAUCUACAACUCAAAAAUCUGUCCCACUUGCAAAGCCUAAACCUGAGCUACAAUGAGCCCCUUGGUCUCAGGAAUGAAGCAUUCAAAGCAUGUCCUCGGCUAGAACUCCUGGACUUGGCCUUUACUCACUUACAUGUUAAUGCUCCACAAGGUCCUUUCCAAAACCUUCAUCUCUUGCAGGUUCUGAAUCUCUCUCACUGCUUCCUUGAUACCAGCAAUCAGCAUCUUUUAGCAGGCCUGGAGAAUCUCCGGCAUCUGAAUUUACAGGGCAAUCACUUUCAAGAUGGGAAUAUCCCAAAGACCAACCUAUUUCAGAUGGUAGGAAGCUUAGAGAUUCUGGUGUUAUCCUCCUGUGAUCUCUUUUCCAUAGACCGGGAAGCCUUCCACGGCCUUGGAAAUAUUGUUCAUGUAGACUUAAGCCAUAACAACCUGACAUCUGAUAGCAUCAAUGCCCUCAGCCAGUUUAAGGGCACCUACCUCAAUCUGGCCACCAAUAGCAUUCGCAUUAUCCCACCCCAUCUCCUUCCUACCUUGUCCCAGCAGAACAUCAUUAAUUUAAGUCACAAUCCCUUGGAUUGCACUUGCUCAAAUGUUCAUUUUUUAACAUGGUACAAAGAAAAUGUGCAAAAACUGGAGGACUUCAAGGAGACCAGGUGUGCAUAUCCCCCAUCGCUACAGGGAGUUCAGCUAUCUGAUGUCACACUGUCCUGUGGGAUUACAGCUGUGAGCAUCUUCUUUCUGACAGUAUUUUUGUUCUUGUUGGCUGCUCUUCUCCUCUAUACAGUUAAAUUCUUUCUCAGGUGGAAAUAUCAACACCUUUAGUGUCAAAGGCUUCCAGAGAAGACAAAUAAAUUUGUUUAGGAAAACACAUUUUUGUGGAGAAACUGGAAUCUCUUAGUGACCAGACUUCUCAUAUUGGUUCCUGGUGCUGGGCUAGAAAUGAUUGUGCUUUUCUGAACUUCCUACCCUUGAAACCCUUCCAUGGCAGAUAAAUUAACUCAAGCCAAAACCCAGACACUUGUGAGAGACAUAGAGCCAUUUCCUUGUGUGGAAGGUGGGCGGAAGAUGAGGAGGAACAACCCACCAUGGGACCAUCUGCUUUGCUUGAUCUAACAUCCCUCCCGACACUUCCCACCCUGUCCAUUUUAAAUGGAAAGAGGAAAAUACAAUUAAUUUUAAAGAAAAGACUAAGAAAUGAAUCCUUGGUUUUCUAAGGCUUUUAUAAUGCCCCUAGCAUGCAAAUAACUACAAAAAGACCCCCCUUCAAUAUCCCCAAGGUUUAAAAUUUCACUGGCCUCAUACACUUCUCCACCCAGGAGGCUCUCAGCUGCCUAUUGGGUAUUCUGGCUUUUAUGUUGCAGGUCCAACUUACAGGUGAAAAAAUACUCCUUUCAUUGGGUAUCUGGUUCUUACAAGUUGCUUUCCCAUGGGAACCAUAAGAUAAAUGGUGGUUUCGUUCCUAGGCUGGUUCUCAAAAGCCUCUUUAACUUGGAGGGCAUUCAAGAGAGCAUGUUCACAAUGGAAACCAGUGGAAGAAACCAUCCCUACAGAGCCACUGUUGGGAGCACAAGAAUGACAGCUUCCUGAAAAGUUUUUUUUUGUUGAGGCUGAAGUUGUCAGCAAAGGUUGUGCCAGUGGUAGACUGAGGACAGUGCCAUUGAAUGGAAAUGGACAGAGAGGACAGGGAAGCUGGUAAUGAUGUAGACCUUCUCAAGGCCUAGAGGAGCUCUACUCCUGCAGGACUUGAUUUUCUCAAGUCUGGAUCGCUAAGCAAGCUUGCUGGGAACUCCUGUGCUUUGUUGCUGUGUGGACAGCCUCCCUCAUCCUCUGCAUUCAUGGAUUCAAGCAACUGUGGAUGGACAAUAUGUGGAACAGAUCCACCAUAUAUACUGAAUAUAUAUGGAGUUUUUUUCACAUCAUUUAUUCCCUAAACAAUACAGAGCAUUUGCAUUGUCUUGCGUAUUAUAAAUAAUCUGGGAACGAUUUGAAGUACAGAGGAAGAUGUGUAGGCUACAUGCAAAUAUGCCAUUUUAUAUAAAUGCACAUCUGAAGAUUUUGUUAUCCAUAAAGGGUCCUGGAAUCAACUCCCCUAUGGAAACCAAGGGAUGAUUGUAUAGGCCUUGCUAAAGAGCUACCACUAAUUUUAGGUUAGAGAUGUUAAUUUAUAAUUCUGAAAUUCUGAUUGGAUAUUAAAGUAAAAAUUGCUCCAAUGUAAUACCCAGUCAGACUUUAUUAGCGCUUAGGUGGGAGCAUAACGGGGGAGGGGGAUAUUAUCAUAGGGUGGAAAUGUGAAAAUCACUUUCCUCUUUGUCUCUUUUUCUCUCUCAGAAAAAUCAAUACAGGCUGAGCACCAGCUGUGGUGAGCCUCUUUCCCUCUCAGGAUGUCAGGCCUUUGCACUUGCUCUCUCCUUGGCCUGGAAGGCUCUGCAGUCUCCAAAGGAGAGUCCAGUGCCUGUGUUUCCUCCUCUAGGAGGAGCUCUUCCCUCACUUAGCCAAUACAAAUCAAAUUACGCCACACCCAGCACACUCUAGAACCUUCAUCGUCUUUAAAUGUUUAUCAGGGUAUGGGAUUAUCUUCCUCCCUUGCUUCAAUUUCUCUUGUCCUGUCUCACAAGCAGGUCUUUGCCCAGUGGUGUCCUAGAACAUACCUGGGACAAAUAAGGACUCAGUAUAUCUUUUGUUUUGUGACAGGUUCUCACUGUGUAGUUGAGACUGACCAGGAACUCACUAUG